AUGGUUUGGAAACCGAUUGUGGUGCUUCGGCCCGUUGCCGACAUGGACAAGAUGGGAAGCCCCGACAAAUAUCCAAUUGUUUUGUGGCGUUUGGCGACAGACGAAGAGUGGGAGGUGAAAGCAAUCGAAGUAACGCUCGAGCAGUUCGAGAGCACUCCCAAAUAUCGAAUGAACGUGAAAGGAUUCCGACGCGUAGAGGAGAAAACAAGCGAACAUCAAGAGGAAUGGACGGUUGCAAUGACGAAGCGUGUUCGCUGGUCGGGUCCAAAGUGCACCACUCUCAAAGGCAAGACGUCCAAGAGCCGUCUUAUCGGGAUUGAUUUUUUUUUCAGCAAGGAAGAUAUUCAAAACAACGAUGUAAUUCGCCUCGAAGUUAUUGUUCCAAAGCUGGCCGAUGUCGACAAAGGUAAGGUAUUGUAUAAGGCUCCCAUCUGGGCCUCGUCUGUGGUUACAACUGAGCUUGAUUAUCAGGAGAUGAUGGCGCUACUUUGA